AAUAUGCCACACUGGUAUCGAGGCAGGCGGAAAGAGAUGUGGAGCAGGUCCUCCGUGACCAGCACUCUUUCCAGGAAUUUAUGGUGCAGGUGCUAUACUACCAGAAGCUUAUCGAUGAGAUCCGGUAUAUGCCUUCCAAGGUGGUACGACUUGGCAUGUUUGAGGUCCAGUCCUAUAAGCUCAUCCAGUCUCUUGUCAAGCGUGCACGGGACAUACAGCAGAAACUGGUUACACGGAUGCUAGAUGACCACCAGAAAGCCAACAAGAAGCUCUGUCAUGAAUUUGAGCAGAUUUCAGAGAAGGCACUGAGCACACCGCCAGAUACUCAAAAGCUGAUGGAACUUAAGGCUUAUAUUAAAAAGGUGGAGACCACAGAGAUGCCUCUUUUGCAACAAAGACUAGCAGACUCUGCCACGCAGUUGUGUUUCCUGGUGGAGUUUGCCACCCUGUCAACACUGGAUAUGAAGCUCAAUACAAAGACAAUCCAGUGGUUUAAACGUAUGCCAUCCAUCUUUGAGGAACACCAGCAGAUAGUUAGCAAAAUGACGGAACAAUAUCAGAGUGGGCUUAAGUUGUACCGUGAGCACUUGUUGCAAGAACUGGACAGCUACAGUAAACAAGUGGAGGAGUUUAAGGCCUUUCGUGAGACAGCCAAUCUCAGCAAGUACCUGACAAAAGCUCAGGCCCUCAAUACCAAACUGGAGUUAGCUGCUGAAAAGAUUAAUGAUUUAAAUCUAGACGAGGAGGCUUUCGGCUGGUCUGUUUCCCAAUAUCCAGAGCGGAAGAAGGCGCAGGAAAAGUUGACACUAUUCCUGCGCCUCUAUGAGACAGCUACUGAUUUCAUAAAACAGCGUGAGAAGUGGCUGCAUGGACCUCUCACCAGUGUGAACCCAGACAAGGUAGAAGGUGAUGUUGGCAACUAUUGGCGCGCUCUAUACAAGCUGGAGAAAUCCUUAAGUGAAGUACCCAAUGCCCUUAAUAUAGCAAACACUAUAAAGGCUAAGGUGGAAGACUUCAAGGAUCACAUUCCUAUGGUGCAGGUACUGUGUAAUCCCGGCCUGCGUAAACGUCACUGGGAUGCCAUGUCGGACUUGGCUGGCAUCUACCUGGAGCCAGCUGAUGAUCAGGUGUCUGUGUCUAACUUCCUAUCAAUGCACCUGGAACAGCACUUGAGCAGCUUCGAAGGCAUCAGUGAAGCAGCCAGCAAGGAGUACUCACUGGAGAAGGCCAUGGAGAAAAUGGCCAGUGAGUGGGAUCACAUGGAGUUUAAUCUCCUUAGCUACCGAGAGACGGGCACCUCAAUCCUGUCAUCGGUGGAAGAAGUGCAGAUGCUGUUAGAUGAUCACAUUGUGAAGACACAAACCAUGAAAGGCUCACCCUUCAUUAAACCUUUUGAAGUGGAAAUACGGGAAUGGGAGGGCAAGUUGCUGCUUCUCCAAGAAGUUCUGGACGAGUGGUUAAAGGUGCAGUCUACUUGGCUGUACCUGGAGCCCAUAUUCAGCUCCCCAGACAUCAUGGUUCAGAUGCCUGAAGAGGGACGCCGAUUCACAACUGUUGAUAAAACAUGGAGAGACAUCAUGAAACAGGUUUCACUGAACAAGCACGUGUUGGCUGUGAUAGCCAUCGACAAGAUCCUGGAAAGACUGCAAAUGUCCAAUGAGUUUCUGGAAAUGAUCCUCAAAGGUCUUAAUAACUACUUGGAGAAGAAACGUCUCUACUUUCCACGGUUCUUCUUCCUCUCAAACGAGGAGCUGCUGGAAAUCCUCUCUGAGACCAAAGAUCCUACAAGGGUGCAGCCCCAUCUGAAGAAGUGCUUUGAAGGCAUUGCUAGUGUGUUGUUCACUGAUGUGCUGGAUAUCACCCACAUGAAGAGCAGUGAGGGUGAAAUGGUGCAGCUCCUGGAUGUUAUUUCCACCUCCAAAGCCAGGGGACAGGUGGAGAAAUGGCUUUUAGAACUGGAGAGUGGCAUGGCUGCCUCCCUGCAUAAGGUAAUAGGGGAGGCUAUCGAGGCAUACCCCAAUGAGCUGAGGAUAAACUGGGUGCGUGCUUGGCCAGGCCAGACUGUAUUGUGUGUUUCACAAGUCUACUGGACGAAGCAUAUCCACAAAGCUAUCAAAACAGGACAGAAGGCUCUUGAUGCUUACCUGGAGCAAAACAACAAACAGAUUGAUGACAUUGUGGGUCUUGUGCGUGGAAAACUGUCCAAGCAGAACCGGGUCACCCUCGGAGCCCUUGUCGUGCUGGAUGUCCACGCCAGGGAUGUGUUAGCCACACUGGUGCAAAAGGGGAUAAGUGAUGAGAACGACUUUGAGUGGCUUAGCCAACUGCGCUAUUACUGGGUGGAAAACCAUCUCCAAACCAAGAUGAUCAAUGCUGGUUUGCCAUAUGGCUACGAAUACCUGGGCAACACUCCACGUCUGGUCAUUACACCACUCACAGACCGCUGCUACCGCACGCUGUUUGGAGCACUCCACCUUCAUCUGGGAGGUGCUCCUGAAGGCCCAGCUGGCACAGGAAAAACAGAGACAACCAAAGACUUGGCCAAAGCUGUGGCCAAGCAAUGUGUGGUCUUCAACUGCUCUGAUGGUCUGGACUACAUUGCUUUGGGCAAAUUCUUCAAAGGCCUCUUGUCCUGUGGAGCUUGGGCCUGCUUUGAUGAGUUUAACCGCAUUGACUUGGAGGUGCUUUCUGUGGUGGCGCAACAGAUUCUCACAAUACAGAGAGGAAUUGCUGCCCACACCGAGAUGUUGAUGUUUGAAGGGACUGAGCUUAAACUGGAUCCCUCUUGCGCUGUGUUCAUCACUAUGAAUCCUGGCUAUGCUGGACGGUCUGAGCUACCAGACAACCUUAAGGCUCUGUUCAGGACUGUCGCCAUGAUGGUACCAGACUACGCAAUGAUUGCAGAGAUUGUCCUCUACUCAUGUGGUUUUGUUAGUGCGCGACCCUUGUCAGUGAAAAUAGUGGCUACUUAUCGACUCUGCUCUGAGCAGCUCUCCUCACAGCACCACUAUGACUAUGGUAUGAGAGCUGUCAAGUCUGUGCUAACUGCUGCUGGAAACCUUAAGCUCACCUUUCCAGAGGAGAACGAAGACACCCUGUUGCUGAGAUCCAUUAUUGAUGUCAAUCUGCCCAAAUUCCUGGACCACGAUCUGCAGCUAUUUGAGGGUAUCACCUCUGACCUCUUUCCGGGAGUCAAACUCCCAAAACGUGACUACAAUGUUCUACUGGAGGCCAUUGAGGAUAACUGCCGGCAAAUGAACCUUCAAGUCACAGAAUUCUUUGCUGAGAAAAUCCUGCAAAUCUUUGAGAUGAUGAUAGUGAGACAUGGCUUCAUGUUAGUGGGUGAACCGUUUGGUGGAAAGACCAGUGCUUACCGUGUGCUGGCAGCUGCCCUUCAUGACGUUUUUAAGAAGGGUCUGAUGGAUGAGAACCAGGUACAGAUCACAGUAAUCAAUCCCAAAUCCAUUACCAUGGGCCAGCUGUACGGCCAGUUUGACCCUGUCUCUCACGAGUGGUCUGAUGGCAUCCUUGCUGUCAGCUACAGAUCCUUCGCUGCCUCCCAGAGCCCUGACAGAAAAUGGCUCAUCUUUGAUGGUCCAGUGGAUGCUGUGUGGAUCGAGAACAUGAACACAGUACUUGAUGACAACAAGAAGUUGUGUCUGAUGAGCGGUGAGAUCAUUCAAAUGUCACCACAAAUGAGCCUCAUCUUUGAACCCAUGGACCUGGAGGUGGCAUCUCCAGCCACGGUGUCUCGCUGUGGUAUGAUCUACAUGGAGCCACAUAUGCUUGGCUGGCGGCCUCUCAUGCUGUCCUGGCUCAGUACCCUGCCUCCUACAGUCAGUGCUACGCACAAAGACCUCAUCACUGCCCUCUUUGACCGCCUACUGCCAGCCUGCCUACAGCUCAUUCGAAAGGCCACCAAGGAGCUGUCUUCAACGUCUGACACCAACCUAGUGAAGUCCCUCAUGAAUCUGAUGGACUGUAUGAUGGAUGAAUUUCAGGAUGAAGCAAAGAUUAAGAAUGUGGAUGAAAAAAAUAUUUGCUCCUGGCUGGAGGGCAUGUUUACGUUCUGCCUGAUCUGGUCAGUGGGUGCUAGCUGUGACGAUUUGGGCCGAGUAAAGUUUGAUGCUCUGGUAAGAGAGGUGAUGAAUGGCCCCUUAAGUAAGGAGACAGCAGCCCGCCAUGGCAUUCUGGUCACUGUGGAGGCUCCACCGAAUCAGCUGACACUCCCCUUACCCACUAAGGGAACCCUCUACGAGUACUGCUUCGUUAAAGAGGGCCCGGGCAGGUGGGAGCUUUGGACAGAUAAGUUAAAGGCUGCUCCCCCCAUAGGCAAAGACAUGCAGUUCAAUGAGAUCAUUGUUCCCACUGAGAACACAGUACGCUACAUGGCACUGAUGGAGCUACUCGUCACUCACCAGAAACCCACUAUUUUCAUCGGUCCCACUGGCACUGGCAAGAGUGUCUACAUUACAGACUUCCUGUUGAAUAAGAUACAGAAGGAUGUGUACACCCCAUUGUUUAUCAACUUCUCAGCCCAGACUACAGCUGCCCAGACACAAAACAUUAUUAUUUCCAAGCUAGAUAAGCGGCGCAAAGGAGUGUUUGGCCCUCCAGUGGGGAAAAAAAUGGUGGUAUUUGUGGAUGAUGUAAACAUGCCAGCGAGAGAGGUUUAUGGUGCACAACCUCCUGUGGAGCUGCUUCGCCAGUGGCUUGAUCACUGGAACUGGUAUGACUUGAAGGACUGCGCCAUGAUUAAUCUGACGGAUAUCCUCAUCAUAUGUGCGAUGGGACCACCUGGUGGGGGGCGUAACCCUGUCACUCCUCGGUUCCUGCGUCACUUCAACAUGAUCACCAUUAAUGACUUUGAUGAGAAGACCAUGUAUACAAUCUUCUCCAGGAUCACAAAUUGGCAUUUUACCAUAUGCUUUUUAUUCCCCAAGGCAUUUGCUACUCUGACCUCUCAGAUCGUCCAUAGCACUUUGUCAGUUUACCAAGAGGCCACCAAGAACCUGCUACCAACCCCCACAAAGUCCCAUUACUUGUUCAAUUUACGUGAUGUCUCCCGGGUUAUCCAGGGCAUCUGCCUGUCACGGCCAGAGACUGCAGAGGAACAGUCUGUCAUCAAACGGCUCUGGGUCCAUGAGGUCCUGAGGGUGUACUACGAUCGACUGGUCCACGACACCGAUCGAUCCUGGCUUGUAAGUCAUCUACAGGUUGUGUGUCAGUCUCACAUGAAGGAGAACUUCCAUCAGCUUUUCCAGCAUCUGGACCAGGACCAAGAUGGAAAGGUGACUGAAGAUGACCUGCGCAGCCUCAUGUUUUGUGACUUCCAUGACCCCAAAGGUGAGGACCGCAGCUACCGCGAAGUUCAUGACUUAGAUCGGCUACGACAGGUUGUGGAAUCACACUUGGAGGAGUUCAACAACACCAGCAAAGCACCAAUGAAUCUGGUGCUCUUCCGUUUUGCCAUCGAGCAUGUGUGCCGGAUUUCCCGCAUCCUCAAGCAACCCAGUGGCCAUGCCCUGCUGGUAGGGGUUGGUGGGAGUGGGCGUCAGUCUCUCACCCGUCUGGCUGCCUACAUGGCAGAGGCAGAGCUUUUCCAGGUGGAAAUAUCCAAGACCUAUGGAACCACUGAAUGGCACGAUGACCUGAAACAAAUCCUGAGGAAGGCUACGGAAGGAGAGGCUCAUGGAGUUUUCCUGUUUACAGACGCUCAGAUCAAAAUGGAGUCAUUCUUGGAGGACAUUGGCAACUUGCUCAACACUGGUGAGGUGCCUAACCUGUUUGCGGUAGAUGAGAAGCAGGAAAUUUGUGAGCGAAUGCGUGUGCUGGACAGGCAGCGUGAUAGAGAAAAACAAACAGAUGGCAGCCCCUUGUCGCUUUUCAACAUGUUCUUAGAGCGCUGUCGCACACAGCUGCAUGUGGUGCUGGCCAUGAGUCCCAUUGGAGAUGCUUUCAGGGACCGUUUGAGACGUUUCCCUGCACUCAUUAACUGCUGUACUAUUGACUGGUUUCAGACUUGGCCUGAAGAUGCCCUGCAGGCAGUGGCCUGCCGCUUCCUGGAGGAUGUUGAGAUGACGGAAGAGGCCCGAGAAGGCUGCAUCACUAUGUGCAAGAGCUUCCACACCUCAACCGUUAAUUUGUCUCACCGCUUUUUGACUGAGUUGCAGCGUCACAAUUAUGUCACUCCAACCUCAUAUCUGGAGCUCAUUUCCACCUUCAAAGCUUUGCUGAAGACAAGAAGAGCUGAGGUGAUGAAGAUGAAAAGUCGCUAUGAGGUCGGUCUGGAAAAGCUGGAAUCAGCUGCAGAACAAGUGGCUACCAUGCAAGUUGAGCUAGAGGCUCUACAGCCACAGCUGCUUGUAGCUAGCAAAGAGGUUGAUGAGAUGAUGGUGGUGAUUGAACAUGAAUCUGUGGAGGUGGCUGAGACAGAGAAGGUGGUGAAAAUAGAUGAAGCAGUGGCCAACGAACAAGCCAUGGCUGCCAAAGCUAUCAAGGAUGAAUGUGAUGCUGACCUGGCUGAAGCUAUGCCCAUCCUGGAGUCGGCCCUGACUGCGUUGAAUACUCUGACCCCUCAGGAUAUCACAGUGGUGAAGUCCAUGAAAAGCCCACCCACAGCAGUCAAGCUGGUUAUGGAGGCAAUUUGCAUUCUUAAAGGCAUCAAACCAGAUCGUGUGCCGGACCCCUCAGGCUCUGGUAAAAAAGUGGAAGACUUUUGGGGCCCAGCCAAAAAGCUUCUGGGAGACCUAAGGUUUCUCCAGAGCCUCCAUGAGUAUGACAAAGAUAACAUUCCUCCAAAUCUUAUGGCCAUCAUCCGCACCAAGUACAUUACCAACCCAGACUUUGUGCCAGAAAAGAUUAGAACUGCAUCCACUGCAGCUGAGGGUAUGUGUAAGUGGGUUUGUGCCAUGGACAAGUAUGACAAAGUUGCUAAGGUGGUGGCUCCAAAGAAAGAGAAGCUGGCACAGGCUGAAGGGAAGCUAAAGGUGGCCAUGGAGGGCUUGAGGAAAAAGCAGGCUGCUCUAAAAGAAGUCCAAGAUAAACUUGCAAAGCUUCAGAAGACUUUGGAUGCCAAUAAAAACAAGAAAGCUGACCUAGAGAGUCAGGUCGAUCUUUGCAGUAAGAAGCUGGAGCGAGCAGAGCAGCUCAUUGGAGGUUUGGGUGGGGAGAAGACUCGCUGGAGUGAAAUGGCCUUACAACUUGGAAACCUCUACAAUAACCUGAUUGGGGACAUCCUCAUCUCAGCAGGCAUAGUAGCUUACCUGGGAGCAUUCACGUCAAGCUACAGACAGGAUCAGACACAGGAGUGGAUGAAUCUUUGUAAGAGCAGAGAGAUCCCAUGCUCCCACAACAUGUCUCUAAUGAAAUCGCUGGGUGAUGCAGUAAAAAUUCGCACGUGGACCAUCGCUGGCUUGCCAUCGGACAGCUUCUCCAUAGAUAACGCAAUCAUAAUCUCUAAUGCCAGGCGGUGGCCAUUGAUGAUCGAUCCUCAAGGCCAGGCCAACAAGUGGGUGAAAAAUAUGGAGAAGGCCAAUAACCUGCAUGUUAUUAAACUGAGCGAUGCUGACUUUGUACGCACUCUGGAGAAUUGUAUCCAGUUUGGCACACCAGUGCUGCUGGAGAAUGUCGGUGAGGAGCUGGAUCCCAUACUGGAGCCUCUGCUGCUUCGACAGACCUUUAAACAGGGCGGUGCAAUGUGCAUCCGUCUGGGAGACUCUACCAUUGAAUAUGUUCCUGACUUUCGCUUCUACAUCACUACCAAGCUACGCAACCCUCACUACCUGCCUGAGACUUCUGUCAAGGUGACACUGCUAAACUUCAUGAUCACUCCAGAGGGCAUUCAAGACCAGCUACUGGGCAUUGUGGUAGCCCGGGAGAGGCCUGACCUGGAAGAAGAGAAACAGGCUCUCAUUCUGCAGGGAGCAGAGAACAAAAGACAACUGAAGGAGAUCGAGGACAAAAUCUUAGAGGUCCUGUCCUCCUCUCAGGGCAACAUCCUGGAGGAUGAGACUGCCGUCGAGAUCCUCUCUGCUUCCAAGGUGCUUGCCAACGAAAUCUCAGAGAAGCAGGCCGUGGCCGAGGUGACAGAGAAGAAGAUUGAUGAGACCCGCAUGGGUUACACACCUAUUGCCGUGCAUUCGGCAAUCUUGUUCUUCUCUAUUGCUGACCUGGCUAACAUUGAACCCAUGUACCAAUACUCCCUCACCUGGUUUAUUAACCUCUUCAUCAGCUCCAUUGAGAGCUCAGACAAGAGUGAUGACUUGGAGCAGAGACUGCAGAUCCUGAGAGACCACUUUACCUAUACACUGUAUGUGAAUGUGUGUCGCUCUCUGUUUGAGAAGGAUAAGCUACUUUUUUCCCUCUGCCUCACUGUCAGCCUGCUUAUGCAUAGCAAGCUGGUGGAAGAGGGGGAGUGGCGCUUCCUUCUAACGGGCGGUGUGGGCCUGGACAACCCCUACUCCAAUCCCUGCACCUGGCUGCCUAAAAAGUCUUGGGAUGAGAUAUGCCGCUUGGAUGCGAUGGAACAUUUCAAAGGCCUGCGUCAGGACCUGACAGGCUGCAGAAAUGAGUGGAAACAGGUCUAUGACAGCCCAGAGCCCCAUCAGACUCAGUUUCCUAAUGAGUGGCAGGAGAAGCUGAGCCAGUUUCAGAAGAUGCUGGUGAUUCGCUGUCUCAGGCCAGACAAAAUUGUUCCCGUGGUUCAGGAGUUUGUUUCAGACAAGUUGGGCCAUCACUUCAUUGAAGCACCACCCUUUAACUUAAGUAACACCUUUACAGAUAGCCACUGUUGUGCCCCCCUUAUCUUCAUCCUUUCCCCUGGCUCCGACCCCAUGGCGGCUUUGCUCAAGUUUGGAGAUGAAAAGGGCUUUACUGGUAACAAGCUGACGUCCCUCUCUUUGGGCCAAGGCCAAGGUCCUAUUGCUAUGCGCAUGAUUCAGACAGGCAUUAACGAAGGCACCUGGGUGGUUCUGCAAAACUGCCACUUGGCCACUUCAUGGAUGUCAACACUGGAGAGAGUUUGUGAGGGGCUGAACCCAGAUACCACCCACCCAGACUUCAGGCUGUGGCUUACUAGCUACCCAUCUCCCACAUUCCCUGUGGCGGUGCUCCAGAAUGGUGUUAAGAUGACCAACGAGGCUCCAAAAGGUCUCCGCUCCAACAUUGCACGUUCCUUCUUAAUGGAUCCCAUCUCUGACCCAGAGUUUUUUGGCAGCUGCAGCAAGCCGGCUGUGUUCAAGAAGCUAUUGUAUGGCUUGUGUUUCUUCCACGCCCUGACCCAAGAGAGGAGAAAGUUUGGACCUUUAGGCUGGAACAUUCCAUACGAGUUCAAUGAGACUGACCUCCGGAUCUCUGUACAGCAACUACACAUGUUCCUGGAACAGUACCAGGAAGUGCCGUUUGAUGCCCUCUGUUACAUGACCGGUGAGUGUAACUACGGCGGGCGAGUGACUGAUGACUGGGACAGACGAACCCUGCGCACGAUCCUCUCGAUCUUUUACACCCCAAAGAUCAUCCAGGACCCUGGCUACACAUUUGACCCCAGUGGGCUGUACUAUGCACCAGCUGAGGGAGAUUACGACAACUACAUCGAAUAUACCAAGUCGCUGCCACUCAAUCCGUCACCAGAAAUUUUUGGCAUGAACGCUAACGCAGAUAUCACCAAGGACCAGGCUGAGACUCAACUUCUGUUUGACAGCAUCUUGCUUACACAGUCCCGCUCUUCAGGCGCAGAUGCCAAAUCCUCAGAUGACAUGGUCUUUGAAGUGGCAGCUGACAUCCUCAGUAAGCUGCCUGAAGACUUUGACUUGGAGGCAGCAAUGAGCCGCUUUCCUACCAGCUACAACCAGAGCAUGAACACAGUCCUGGUGCAGGAGAUGGGUCGCUUCAACAACCUGCUCGGCACGAUCCGAGACUCUUGCAUCAACAUUCAGAAGGCCAUAAAGGGUCUCGUGGUGAUGUCUGCAGAGCUGGAGGAGGUGGUCAGCAGCAUCCUGAAGGGUCGCAUCCCAGCCAUGUGGAUGAAGAAGUCCUACCCCAGCCUCAAAUCAUUAGGAAGCUACGUCAACGACUUCCUAGAGCGACUGACGUUCUUGCAGGAAUGGUACGACAAGGGCGUGCCUGCUGUAUUUUGGAUAUCAGGAUUCUUCUUCACCCAAGCCUUUCUCACAGGCAGCCAGCAGAACUACGCCAGGAAGCACACCAUCCCUAUCGAUUUGCUGGGCUUUGACUUCGAGGUCCUGGAUGACAGACAGUACAAUCAGCCUCCAGCGGAUGGUGUGUAUAUCAGAGGUCUGUUCCUUGAUGGGGCGCGCUGGGACAGAAAGACCAAACGUCUUGCUGAGUCCUAUCCCAAAGAGCUGCACGACUCCAUGCCUGUGAUGUGGUUGAAGCCCAUGAAGCGAGGCGACAUUCCUGAGAGGAUGUGUUAUCUGGCGCCCGUCUACAAGACGAGCGAGCGACGUAGCACCCUGUCCACCACUGGACACUCCACCAAUUAUGUCAUCGCCAUGACACUCAACUCCAAUGUUCCUGCGGAGCACUGGAUCAGAAGAGGGGUCGCUCUACUCUGCCAGCUCAGCUCGUAGUCUCAGCUUUGACUUACGUCUGGAUUUGUUUUACACUCUGACGUGUAAUUAAAAAAAUCGGGAACAGAAACCGA